AGCGGUACAGCAUAAUGGGUCAGUAGGUGUUUGACUGUUGGCGGAAGUGGCUCUUAUUGUUGCCUUAUUAUAAUUUAAAAAAAAGACUUCUGUUUGAGCGCCCCACAAGAAAAAUCUACCCACAAAAUGUCGCCUGCAAGUGGACUACUUGCCAUUUGGAUUUGCCUGGUCGGCAUAACUGCGACAUCUGCCAUCAUGUGUUAUCAUUGCAACAGCGAGUAUGAUCCACAAUGCGGUGAUCCCUUUGAUAAGUACAUGUUGGGUGUAAAAAACUGCUCGUAUGAAUACGAAUUAGAUCAUUUACCCAACGUUCAAGCGACAUUGUGUCGCAAAACCACGCAGAAGGUGUACGGAAAGAUUCGUGUGGUACGCGGCUGCGGUUACGUGCGCGACCCGCGUGACGAUAAGGACUGCAUGAAGCGCAGUGGCACACACGACGUUCAGGCACUUUACUGUUCGUGUACUUCAGAUUUGUGCAAUAGUGCAAGUAUUACAAGUAUGGCUACAGCUACACUAGUGAUCGCCGUAUUAUGGGCCAUUUGAAUGCCCUCUGUAGAUAGUGAGGUUAACGCGAAAUGCCCAGAAGAUUUGCAAUAUUUAAGCGAAAGAAAUUCCACUAGCGCGACGUCUUAGCUUUAGUUUGUACACAUCCGUCCUGGCCUUUAAUUUGUCCUCACACAGUCAAAGAGACGAAGACCCGCUAUAUGAGUUAUUGUAUCCUGUUGUUAAUAGAGAUAUGCGAAUAUAAAUUGUUAUUUAUUAAUCGAAAGUUGUGGUAUAAUAAAAUGACAGUAAUAAAAGUGCUUUUAUUCGAUUAAAAGUUAA